AUUAAUCGGCGAACAUUUGACAAGAUAAGCUUUUGCCUUUUGGAUUCAAUUUGAAAAUUCUUUAUUUCUAAAAUUAUCUGCGAUGGCCACCUACGAGGAAGUUAAAGAUGUUCCUAAUCAACCAGACAAGUAUCUGUUUGAUGUGCGCAACAAGUCUGAGUUGGAGGAGACCGGCGUGCUGCCGGCGAGCAUAAAUAUUCCUCUGCCCGAGCUGGAGAAUGCCUUAAAUUUGCCCGAUGAUGCAUUCACAAAGACCUAUGGCCGCCCGAAGCCGGCAAUUGAUGCGGUCAUGAUUUUUUCCUGCAAGGCAGGAGGACGCGCUGCAAGGGCUAGCAACAUGGCCCGCACCCUGGGCUUUACCAAUGCCAAAGCGUAUGCCGGUUCCUGGACUGAAUGGCAGGAAAAGGAAGGAGCUCAAUAAAUAUGAAUACAAUUUAUUAAUUUACAAAUUCUAUAAACAGGCAAAAAACCUUAAAUAAUCACAACCUUUGUAUGCGUCA